AUGGUGCCAGGUGGUUGCCCGGUGAGUUACUUACUUCUCUGCGACCAGGUGGCUUUGCUGAUGGGGAAUCUCCUUCUGCUGCAUUGUGUCUCUCGGAGCCACUGGCACAACACUACCGCCGAGCCCGAGCCCACCUCCGCUGGCGCCACCCACCGGCUCUGCGAGCUGGGACUAGGGCGACCCCACUCUCCAGUCAUCCUUUGCUCUUACCGACCCGAUGAAUUUAUAGAGUGUGAAGACCCAGUGGACCAUGUUGGAAAUGCAGCGGCAUCCCAGGAACUUGGUUAUGGCUGUCUCAAGUUCAGUGGUCAGGCCUACAGUGAUGUGGAACACACCUCCGUCCAAUGCCGCGCCCUGGACGGAAUUGAAUGUGCCAGUCCUAGGACCUUCCUACGAGAGAAUAAACCUUGUAUAAAGUGUACUGGACAGUACUUCAUAAGCACUUUGCUCGACUCCUUCUUCCUGGGAUGUUCUGGAGUAGGUCGUUUCUGUCUGAGACACGCUGGCACAGCAGUAGGGAAGCUCUUGACACUUGGAGGACUUGGGAUUUGGUGGUUUGUUGACCUUAUUUUGCUUAUUCCUGGAGGGCUGACGCCAAGUGACGGCAGCAAUUAG